CUCUUUAUAGCUGCUCCCCAGCAUUCCCGUUGGAUCCAGAUCGCUCUGUGGGCGUCAUGCAUUGGGAAUGUCAUCCUGGUGAUAGCCGUGAUAGUCUUGGCUUUACAGUUGGAAGCUGAAAAGGGAAAAAUUGUGCUGAACAAUGGUGGAUGCAAUGCCUCGAUAGACAAGUUUCGGGCUUCCCUAAGACACAGGAUCUGCAAUCAAAAUCAGAACAGGUCCUCAGAUAAUUCCACUUGCAAAGUAUGCCCUAAACAAUGGCAGCUCCACAGGAACAAGUGCUACUGGACAUCAGAAAAUUUUAAAACCUGGGAUGAGAGCAAACGUGACUGUUCAACAAGGGAUUCUCAACUGCUGGUCAUCCAAGACAAGGAGGAGCUGGUAAGGGGACAAUUGCAUAUUUCUGGCAAUGCAUUCCCAUGCAGGUUAAUUCUGAAGGACGCCUUAGUUCAGCUGAGUUUAACUCUAGCUUAG